AUGGCAAUUGCACUCCGACCGUACCAGCAGAAAUGUAUUGACUCGGUCAUUACGGCGUUGCGCCGUGGCGUCAAACGUCCGGCGGUGGUUCUCGCCACUGGAGGAGGCAAAACCGUCGUCUUCAGUCAUUUGAUCCCCAAGCUUCCCACCCCGCCCGGACAUGGUAGCAAGGUGCUUGUGCUUGCUCACCGAGUGGAGAUCAUCCACCAAGCCAGGAGAACCAUUUCAUCGAUAAAUCCAAGUCUAAACGUGGGUACUGAGAUGGCGGCAUAUAAGGCCGAUGUACCCUAUAGUGACGUGAUAACGGCCUCAGUAUCUCUGCUAUUUCGUGGCAACCGGUUGGAAAAAUAUGAUCCGACUCAGUUCAAAGCUAUCAUUGUUGACGAAUGUCAUCAUGCCGCAGCUGACUCAUGGAGAAAGGUAUUGCACCAUUUUGGGGCGGAUACCGACUCUACUUCAAUACCAGUGAUCGGGUUCACUGCUACUUUCAUGCGGAGCGACGAUAAGUCGCUAAGGAUGUCAUUCGAUGAAAUCGUGUUCCAGAAAAACUUACCGGAAAUGAUUGAGGAACAGCAUCUUACUGACAUAAAAUUUCAUACGAUCAAAUUGCAACUUGCAUUGGACGAAAUUUCAACUUCAGAUAAAACCGGCGACUUUGAGGAAAAGGACUUAGAGAAAAUCAUGAGCGAUUCCCGGGUUAUCACUGAUAUUACCGCACUGUACCUCAAUCUUCGUGAGCAUGAAAACCUCAAACGAACCCUUGUGUUUUGCUCUCUGGUCGCUCAUUGCAAAAACUUGUGUGCCUCUCUUCAGAGAAGUGGAGUCAAUGCCCAAUAUGUUACAGGCAACACAAACAGGGUGGAACGCCAGGCAAUCAUUGAUGACUUUGAAAGCGGUGUGGUAAACGUUCUUGUGAAUUUUGGCAUCUUUACUGAAGGCACUGAUAUUCCCAACAUAGACUCCAUCAUCAUUGCCCGACCUACGAGGCUGAGGGCAUUACUCACGCAAAUGGUAGGACGAGGUUUACGCAAAUAUCCAGGUAAGAAUUGGUGUCAUUUGAUCGAUAUUGCAGAUACGAUGGGUACGGGGUUCCAAUCAGUACCGGCUCUAUUUCUGUUACCUACGACGUAUGACAUGGAUGGAAAAGAUUCUAAAUCGUUGUAUGAGCGGAAAAAAACCCCCGACGAUUUAGCUGAUCGACUUGACCAUCUUCUCCUUACCGAACAAACCGAAAAGCAAGUUGAAGAGAUGUUGACCGCUGAUAAAUGGCGAGACAUGUCGUUUUUGACGUUGGAAGGCAUUAAAAAUUAUCAGCAUGGAAUGGCAGACUAUCUCAAAACGUCAGAUGGUGUGUCGGAAGCGUUUCGAAGGAAUGUAGGGUGGAUUCGAAUUUCAAAUACAGAUUGGGCAAAACAAACAUCCGAGAUGGGGUUCUAUAGGAUUAGAUGGCUGCCGACAGAGUCUGAGUUCACAUUAUCCAAGUGCACUCUUCACACCGCUAAAUUUCGAUCUCAGCGGAGAUUCAAAGUGGAGCGAUACGUCGAGAAUGAAAGUGUACUAACUACAAAGAAUCUCGAGGAGUUGUUUGCGUUGACGAAUAUGGGUUACAGGGAAUGGCACAAAAACAAAUACCCAGCUACAAGGCCGCAGAUUGAUUUCGUACUCAAACGAAUGAGUAAAUUCAUCCCACGAAGGUAUAGUGAUCCUGAGGCGAUGGCUAAACUUCACGAUGCCUGGAGUAAAUCGCUAACUCGAGGCGAAGUGGAGAGCAUGAUAUUUGCAUUGAAUGUAUCUGAAUGGGCGCUGUAUCCCUGGUGGCAAGUACAGCGCGUAUUAGGCUUAACUGCCAAACAAAAGAAAACUCAAACGUCUUGGAUGAAGCGCUGGCAAAAGGAAUCACAAACCGCUGAGAAGAUUUAUUAA